UUUUAUCAUGUCUGUUUAACUUUUGUACUAUGUUUAGAAAAAAUGUCCAAAACUUCAGACCAUCCACAGGUGCAAAACAUGCUUCCAGGUUUACACAGUAGGAAGCCAACUGAAGGUUUACAUCCAAGUAUGGCUUAUCAGCGACCAUUUUCUGAUAACCCCCUUGCUCAUAAAAUAACAAAAAGGAAAAGGGAAUCAGUGUCUGGUAUCGAGCCUGUGAAACUGGCUCCUAAUCCAUUUAACAUGACUGCCAGGAAUUUCCCAAAACGACGUCACAUUUUAAAAAAUACAUCUGGAUUUUUAAAUCGCACCAGAGGCAAUAAUAGUAGUCCAACUAAAGCUUUAGAACAAGUGCGAGCUGCGUUACAACCAAGUUUGAAUGUAGAAAUUGAGAGAGUAUUACACAGCUACCAAGAAAUGUUUCGUAUGGCUGCUUAUAACGUUGGUGACAACACUAAAGAGCCAGUUACUGAGGAUCACAUCAGUCAUAUUUUACGAAGAAGUUUGGAAGAGGCAAAAAAUCUCUUCCAGCUGCAAAGUGAGGGCAAAGACCCUAAUCGUUCUCCCGAUAAAAAAGACGAAAAGAUUUGGACACCUGCUCGUCAUGUUAUUAUCAAAAAGAAGAAAGUAAAGAAAGAAGAAAAAACUGAACAAAAAGACAAAGAUAAUUUUGAUUAUCCACCUUGGGAUGACGAGAGAAUUACAGAAGAAACUGAACUGAUCAUGGGUGUAAAAGCUAACAAAAUACUUGGUUAUGCAUCAGCUCGAGGGCGAUUGUAUAUACGUCACCCGCAGCUAUUUAAGUACAUGGGUGAUCAAGACGAUAAACAAUGGUUGUACGAGAAUGGUCAUAUGCCGAUGACAGGCGGCAAGGCGUUCCUCAUGCUUGCUGAUGACAUUCGAUUACUAGCUACAAGUCACCCUGACUACAAAGAUAACUUAGGUAUCAAACCAGACGAUGUGAAAGGUUUCGUCGUUCCAGAAUCUUUCCGAAAAAAAAUCAAAUUGUUUAUGAAACGUCAGGCUUUGAUCAGAGAGACGAAACAAGAUUGAACAAGUGUCAUCGAGCAAAAUUUUCCUUGCAUAUUUUUUCUCCAUGAACUGCUUUCUGCUUUGUUAUCUAUGGUAUUAAGCUUGGCUGGGUGUUACAAAACGAAGAGAAAAACAUUCAUAGCCUUCUUCUCAAGCCAAUUUGGAGGGUUCGUAAGAAGUCACCAUUUACAAGUAUUUUUCUUAGUUUCAUCAACUUUUUCUGGACAUAAGCCCCGUCACAUACCUUGAGAUAUAAAUUUUAAAUGCAAAUGUAAAUUUUAAAUGUAAAUUUCUGCUGCUGUGUUUAAAUUACGUUAAAUUUUUACAUACCGGAGGUGCGCUCGAUAUGUUUCGGGAAAGUCUAAUAGGACAACGUUUAUUAUCCUGGUGGAAUUAUCGGAUUUAACAUUCCGACAGUUUUUGUAGCUACUUUUAUUUAUUAAAGAGAAUUUUUUUUAGCACUGAAUUGAUUUUAAAGGUUGUGAGAAUGAUGCAACCUUAGCAACCUUUAAAAAUUUAAAGAUAUAUCUGUUAUUUGUUCAACUAAACUUCCAUCGUGGACGUGUAUAGAGUAUGCCAGGAUGUCCACUCUGUCAGGUCUUGUCGGACAUUUUAAAAAUAUAGGCAAAAGGAAAUUUUAGUCUUUUUGUAAAAUGUGAAGAGUAGGUCAGGAAUUUUAGGUUUAGGUUUAUCUUCAUUUUUCACAAUAAUGACAAGGUUUAAAUUUUAGAAUUGUUUUAAAAAAUUUACAUUCAUUUUUUACAAAUCAGUUCUACCAAUAUGUUUGUUAUCAAGAUUUACAUUUUUAAAGUAAUCCAAGGUUCCAAUAGAGGGAAAUUCUCGUCGAAAAUAGUUUGAAAAUUAAAGAAAAUACCAGGAAUUGUAGUCAAAAAUAAAAGUCGAAAAUGAAAGAAAAGUAAGAGUUAGUAUUAAUUGAACACUCUGAAAUCUAUUUCAAAAUCCACUCUGUGUUUUUGAGUUAGCCUUGAGAAUAAUUUUCAUUGCCGCCCGCUAUAUACUAUUCUUAAAUUUGAUUCGUGGUUCCCUCAUUCUUUAUACGGAAACACUAACACCUGACCAUCGAAGUGAUAAAUUCAAAAGCAUAACUUAACGCUCGCACCGAGCAAGGGAGAUAUACAGUCUUAGUGCCUGUUACAUACGGUCAAUAUAAAACAUUUGUCAACAAUGUCAGGCCAUUUUUUAUGCCAUUUUACAAAAGCUUACAAUACAAGGGCGGUGCAAAAAUAACCAGUAAUGUAAAUUUAAUAUUUGAUAAAGUUAUUUAUUAAAAAGAAAUUUUAUAUCAAUCUUGUAUGUAUUGACGAUGUUUAAAAAAAAGGGUGGUAAUAA